CACAACCUUUAGAUCAUCUCGACUUGUACGCACAAAAAAUUUCCAAUCUAGGGUCGUGCAGCUUCUUUCCAUUUUUGUCAUUUCUCUUUCUCUCUCCUAUUUCGCACUUUCUCUCUCCUAUUUCGCAUUUUCUCUCUCCUAAUUCACAUUCAUUGGAAUACAUCGCACUAACUUCUUCGUUCUCCGGUUAAGGUCUUCGCAAUACGUUCGUAGAAACAUGGAGAGAGAAAGUGCGAAAGAAAUGCUUAUAAAAGCAAGGCUCGCGCAAUUGGCAGAAACAAAUGAAUCUGCAGCUAUUGUUGCAAUUAAACCCAAGUCUAAACCCCUCCAUAUAAAAGAAAAACAGUUUUCCAAGAUGUCGCCUUCUUCUUUAAUGAAAUUUAUUGAUAGUGGUUUAUCUUUUGAGCAAAAACGUGAUGUAGAGUCAAUUGGUUUUGGGGGUUUACUUCAUCUUAAAACUAAUGAGUUACCGAGUGAUUUAUGUCGUUGGCUAUUACAUCACUUUAAUCCAUAUAGUAGCUCUCUAGUUUUUUAUGAAAAGCAAUUAGCUAUUGAACUUGAAGAUUUUUAUUUAGUUUUUGGCUUGCCUAAAAUAGGAGAAAAAAUAGUUGAAAGUGGAAGCCGGGAUAAUGAUGAAUUGUUGGUUAAUUAUCUUGAGCAUUUAGGUAAAACUAGAAAUGAAUUGCGGAUUAAAGACAUAAUAGAUAAAAUGAAGGAACAAAAGAGUGGUGGAGAGAAUUUUAAAAGAAACUUUGUCAUGUUGGUUGUUUCUACUUUGUUUAGGAGUAAUCAAAAAGGCAAUCCCCAAUUGAAAAUUUUGAAAUGUCUUAGAAAUGUUGACUUGAUUUCUAAGUUUAAUUGGUGUCAAUAUGGUAUUGAGUGUCUAACCGAUUCUAAGAGAGAGUGGGUUGGUUCUUCCAUGUUCACGGGCCCUAUCUUAGCUUUGAUGUUGUGUUAUAUGGAUCGCGUUUCUUUUAUGGGUCGAUCCAUUGAGAGAAAGUUCCCUCUAUUGAGUUGUUGGAGACGAGAAGAUAUUUUUUAUAGGCGGGACUUCGAAUUGACCAUGGCCGGUGACUUUGGGACCGGAGUUGUCAAGCCACGGCUAGUGAUUGAGAGGAAUGCUCAAGAAAAUAUUAGUCUUGGACAAGAGCAUGAUACUAAGGGGGAUUCUAAAAAGUUUUGAUGUACUUCAUAUCGAUUUAUGGGACCCUAUAAGGUUCAAUCCGUUACAAGAGCAACAUAAUUUUACUGUUGUAUCCGAGACAUGGAGAUGAAAACUUGAUUGAUUGCAUAUUCCGAAGCAGAUUGGGGUACAUGCAUGUUCGUUCACGUACAGGAAGAUCACUCACUGGGUAUUGUGUGUUUCUUGGUGGAAGUCUAGUAUCUUGGAAAACAAAAGGCAACAACUUACUUCAAAAAUCUUCACAUUAAUAUGAGACAGAAUAUUAUUAAUAUGAGACAGCAUAUGUAAGAAACUCAUUCCAAAAUGCACAUAUAUCUAUAUUUAACCAAAUCCUUGUCAUCUCCGCAACAUUGGUAUCUCGGAUAUUUAAGAUAUGUUUUUAUUCUAAA